CUCAGAGAUACGAGAAUGAAGCUAUCCCCUCUGGGAUAUGAAUUGUUGCUGAAUCUGGUGCACGGAUCCUGAGGCUCUUGAACUUUCUUCCUGACAGCCGCAGCGAAGAGAGAGCAUGGCCUGGCGGCAAUCCUCAUAAGAUGGAAGCUAAGACUACACGUAAACCAAAUAUGGCUGGUUGGAAGUACUGCCUUCUUUUGUGCCUGUCAUCCUAGGGUCAAGACAUCUGUACUCUGAUGGCUGGGGUCCUGUUGGAGUCCAUGAUCUACAACUGCAGCUCAAACCACGUUCUGCACUAGCAGCGGGUUCUCAGUGUGGCGUGUGGCCUGGUGUUUCGAUAUCUCCAGGACCGACUUGGUAGAGAUGCCUUUGGGGUGCAGCCCUGCAGCCGGCCUGGUUCCUUAGUUGAAGCUUUGUGUGAGACUGACACAUCGAGAGAGCAGGCAGUGUAUGCUGCUGUCAGAAGGAGGCCCUUUCUCUCUCUUUUUGAUGGACUGAAGUAGGAUUCCAAUCAGCUAUUGAAGACCAAUUAUUUCUAAUACACCAUAUUAAUUCACCUACUAUCAUGCUCUUUGUUAAAGCAGGUGAUAAACCUGAGAAUGAAUCACAGGAAGAGGAGCUGCAGAUUACCAGUAAGAAGAUUGUGGAAAAGGUUGUUCUGCAGGCUGUGCAGCAGUAUACCCUAGAGAAAAAACAAAUGAAAAAGCCAGAACCAAAAAGAGUUCACAAUCUGCAGACAUCUGAAUGUGCAAAAUGAUAAGAAAGGAAGAAGCCUAAGAUUGAACUGUGACUGAAACCUGAUAAAAUGUGGAACAACUUCACUCAAUACACACCUUGUGGUCAGCUCUGUAUUAGUGUAUCACGAUAUUAGCCUAGGCCAUACAGACAGAAUGAAGGGACUAUGCCUGUUGCAGGCAUUGAGAAACGUCGUCCACUGAAAUUUAAUGGAAAGCGUAUCACCUAUUUUCCCUAUUUCAAGACAGUUUUCAAAGUUCAAAGUAAAUUUAUUACCGAACUACACACACGAACUACACUCAGCAGCAUCUAUGGGAAAAAAGGCAGUCGACAUUUCGGGUCGAAACCCUGCUGAAUUCUUCCAGCAUUUUGUGUGUGUUGCUCGGAUUUCCAGCAUCUGCAGAUUUUCUCUUGUUUAUUACCAAACUACAUAUGUCACCACAUACUGUACUGCUCUGAGAUUCAUUUUCUUGUAGGCAUACUCAAUAAAUCCCAAUAACAAUAAUAGAAUCAAUGAAAGACUACCAACAGGGACAAUAACCAAUGAGCAAAAGACAUCAGAUGGUGCUUAUAAAAAAGAAAGAAGAAAAAGAAAUCAUAAUAACAAAUAAGCAGCAAGUAUUGAGAAAAUGGGAUGAAAAGUCCUCCAAAGUGAGACCAGAGUUUGUGGGAACCGUUCAGUGAUGGGGCAGGUGAAGUUGAAUGAAACAGAAUUAGGGGACCUGAAAACUUGUUUUUCCCUCCAUAGAUUCUGCUGAAUACUGAAUUUGGGGAUUUGUGCCAGUAAGUAAAGUAGGCUGAGUGGCAAAACAGAUUGAAGAAUUCAGACCGGGAAGUUAAACACAGGAAUUAUGAGCAACAUGUUAACAUUUAUAUGAAAAGCAUAUUAAGUCUGGGGCAUAUACAUUGGAUUGAGGAAAAAGAUGAUAUAUGGCAAUGAAACAUAAUGGUUUUAUUACUUUAAACUCUUUGUCAGUUUUUUAUGGAAUAGAAAGAAAUACAUCCCACUCAGACAUUCAACAGGUCAGCAUUUUCAGUCUGACUUGCAGCAAGUCUACUUUUGUCAAAUCAUUGACUCAGUUGAUAGUACAACCAUUGAGGACAUUACUGAUAGUAGCUUUGGGAUGCAUAGAUGAAGAUAUGCAUAUUCAGAUGCCAAGACUUGUUGUCUUUUCCACUGUAAUACCAGUGAAUACAGAUGAUAUUGAUUGUUGCAAAUUCUGGUUCAAUAAUUAU